GACUACAAGAUGCCGCAGGUAAUGCAAGUUCUACAAUGUUACAAUUGCAAAUGCUAUCAGGUACACAUUGUAAAGAAAGUUCCAAAAUGGGCGUGCAAAAUGUGUACGGAAAUACAAAGUGUUAAAAAGAUUUUUUCAACUGGAUCAGGACAAGAAUGCCGUGUUAUUGUGCAAGAAUUGAAUAUGCGUAGGGCAACGAAUGAGACAGAAGUAAAAUAUGAGGAAGUCACAAUCCCAAGUUCUUCCCAUACUGACAUUGACAAGGAUGAAGGCGAUGAAGGUGUGUCAGAAAAUGAAUUUAAUGCCAGCAAAUGGGAUGUUUUUGAUACAAAAGAUGAUGAUGAUGAUAUGGAUGAAACAAAAUAUACUUUUCAAAGAACGGCGACGGAUAAGAAACGGAAGCUAAUUGCAAAGAAAGACAUCGAUUCAGAGGCUGAAAACACUAAAAAAUAUAAGCCUGAUUUCAAAUCCAGCAAAUGGGAGAGAUUUAUAACGAAGAACGAUGAUUGAUUGGUUGCCUAUGGCAAUAGAAGGAAUUUAAUUUCGUUAUCAUUAUUUAAGAAUACUUAUUAUUAAGUUACAUUUGCUUAUUUG